GCAGCGCCAACCAACAGGCACGCUGUCCCAUUGCAUAGAUACGCCGCACACUCGAUUGCUCGCCUGCCAUGUCGGUCACGCCUGGGUGCAAUAUUGCGAUCAAGAACCUCCCCCAUGAUAUGGGCAAGGAGAGCCUCCGGCCUCUCUUCAAGAAGUUUGGCAAAAUCAACCUCCUCCACGUCGCGAACGGGGUUGCGGCGAUUGAGUUUCAAAAGCCUACGUCUGCAACGACAUCCGUCACGUCCAUGAACAACGCUGUGGUUGGCGGCCAACGCAUCUUCGUCGCGCUCACGUCCGAGCCUGUGCCGUCGGUGAAGCGUGGCACAGCACCAGCAGCUCCGUCGCCAGCCACAACGGCCAAACCGACCAAAUCCAUCGCAAAGGCCACACCUGUCGCUGCUGCCGCGGCGCCUGAGACUACGACGGCUUCAGCCACCGACGCCAACAAAGCCUUUACGAAAACGUGCUAUCAUUUCCGAAAAGGCCGCUGCAGCAAAGGCGACGCCUGCACGUACCUCCACACACGUAAGCUGUGCCCAACGGUCGAGUUCGGUGGCGUAUGCACUCGCAUGGACGAGUGCAUCUACUCGCACGACCCCGCCAAUGCUGUGCCGAGUGCCACCAAGUCUGACGUGGCCAACAAGUCGCAAACGCUCUGCCAUCGAAUCGCACUGGGAGGGAACUGCAGCUACGGCGACAAGUGCCGGUUCAGCCACGACCCUGACACGGCGCUCAAAGGUCGAUUGAACGUUUUGUGCAAAAACUUGGCCAAGGGCUGCCGCAAAGGCGACAAGUGCUGGUUCAGUCACGACCCAACGACUGCUGUCGCCGCCAAGCGCCCGUCGGAAGACAGUCAGGCUGCAGAGACUUCCGUUGCUGCAAUGUCGCCUCCUCCCACCAAGAAAGCAAAGACCGGUAUAACGUCAGAGUUCUCGAAAACCCAACCCGCCACGUCAUCGUCUGAAAACAAGUCGCCUGCAGCCACUUGCGGGGAAUGCACAAAGGCCACGGCCACUAUCACGUGUGCGCAAUGCGAGGCUGGUCUAUGUGCCGCCUGCGACGCUUCCCUGCAUGCAUCCCGCAUCAUGUCCAAACAUGUUCGCGCCGCGGUGCCGCAAGUCGAAGAGGCCGCUCCGUGCGGUGAAUGCCGCGGGGCGGCCGCCACUGUCCAUUGCGUGCAGUGCGACGUCGACUACUGCAGUAAAUGCAGCUGGUCCGUCCACGAGUUCAAGGUGUUCCGCACGCAUCGUCGCGAAGCUUUGAAGGUCCAAACCUCUGCAGCCGUUGCUAUGAACACCACCGCCGCGCCGUCGGCAUCGGCGAAGCCGUCCGUUCGAGCCACCUCACCUACCAAGACCCAGCACCCGACCAGCAACGUUCGCGCUUACCCCAAGACUGAACUCCCGAACGACUCGAGUGAUGACAGCGACGAACCCCCGGCGAAAGUACAAAAGCCGGCCGCAGCGGCGUCAGUGAAGAAAACUUCUGUGCACACCCCCAAGUUGGAACUCACCUCCGACUCGAGCUCCGACGAGAGCGAAGUCGAAGCGAACCCUGCUGCGAAAACCACGGCAAUGCCGUCGACAAAGGUGACCGACCUGUCGAGCGAAGACGAGAGCGAUUUCGACGAUGAGAAGCCCGUGGUGCCGGUCAAGAAGGCUGUGCCUGCCCCCAAGACUGCUCUUUCCAGCGACAGCGAUGAUUCAUCGGAUGACGUCGAGGCUGCCAAUGUUUCCGUGAAGCCGACAGUCCCCAAAACCGCGCUUUCAAACGACGAUGGCGCAGUCAAACAGCAGCCGCCUGCCAAGAAGGCGGCCGCCGUCUCGGCCGACAGCUCGCACAGCCUCGUCAAGAAGAUCGAGGAGUAUGCGGCGUCCUCAAGCACGGACACUUUGCACCUGAGCCCAUCCCUCAACAGCUACGAGCGGUUGCUGGCCCACGACUGCGCCGAGCGCCUUGGUCUUUCCCACGAGAGCGUCGGGCAGGGCUUGGAACGGCACAUCACGAUCGGCCGCGGCGCCCCCAGGAAGAAGUCAUGGAGUAAAAAUCGAUCGUAGGAGAGGACGCAACACAGGAUUUCUCGAUUUUGUAUCCAACGUGUACUCGAAUUUCGUUCCACCCAA